GUUACACAGCUCCGCUGGCGUUUAAAAUUCGAUUCAUUCGAUUCGGACAAUUCUCAUCAAAAGGGUGUAAUCUACAGUACGAGCUAACCUGGUAUUAGUACCGGCACGGAUUCUCAUUCAGUUCUCAUUCAGUUCUUGCUGCCGCCAACGCCGCCGACUGCAGCUUCGCCAUCUGCAUUUUCGACAGCUCAAGGAGAAGGCAACUACUGUGGCUAGCUACUAGUAGGUUCAUGUUAUACUCCACUAUCCACCCUGGCGACGAAGUAGAACUGCACGACGAAGACCAUUAUCAUGUUCCAUUGUGGAUCUUGUCCUUAGCUGGCGUGAUCGUUGUUAUUUUGAUUCUGCUACCCAAUAUCGUAUCCUUCCGAAAAGCAUCCGUCAAAGAAGACUAACCAUAACUACCCAAAAGUGCUCUCACAACACAAUGGCGACCAACAAUCAUGAGAUUGCCAAGAAAAAGAGCUACCCUGGCUGGCACGAUUUUGUGGCUGGUGCCGUGGCAGGAGCCGGUGCUCGAAUGCUCACGCAUCCUUUGGAUCUCAUUCGGAUAAGACGACAAUUGGCAUCCACCCUGAGCGAGAAUGGGACCAAUGCAAUCAGAACCACCAUGUGGCAAGACUUUGUGCAAGUGAUCCAAAAUGAAGGUGGCAUUCGAGGGUUAUUUCGUGGGAAUUUGGCAGCCCUGAAUCUGUGGGUAUCCUACACAGCCGUGCAAUUCUCAGCCUACGGAGCCACCAGGACGUAUUUUCAAACGGUUUUUCCGGACGAAUCUCAACGAACGAUUGUGGCGUUCUGUGCCGGUGCUUCGGCAGGAGUGGCAGCCACAGUAUCCACCUACCCAUUGGACUUGUGCCGUACCAUUUUUGCCGCCAGGGGUACCACCGUGUCGGAACUGGAAGCAUCCAUUGCCGAAAAACCCGCUGGCAACAAUCCACGGCUCCAUGCAGUCAACAACAAAGCAACAGUAGAGCAACCAAAGUCAUUUCGGCCUCCCAAAUCAACCAUUGAAUUGGCCACCAAUCUGUACAAAUUUCGGGGAUGGCAAGGUUUCUUUGCGGGAUCAGCACCAACAUUGUUGCAAAUAAUUCCAUAUAUGGGUUGCUCGUUUGCUAUUUACGAUGCGCUCACGUAUGGAGAUCGAGGUGUUUAUCUCUCGGCCUACGCUGGGUCGAUUGCGGGAUCCGUCAGCAAAACCCUGGUGUAUCCCAUGGAUACCGUCAAGAAACGAAUGCAAGCACAAGCCUUUUUCGGUGGAAGCGAAACUGCCAAACAUCAAUACACUGGAAUUAUGGACUGCAUCAUGACCAUCCAUCGAGUAGAAGGAUUCAUGGCCUUUUACAGCGGAUUGGUACCGUCAGUGUUGAAAACUGGACUAGCAGCUGGCUUUUCCUUUGCGUUCUUUCGCAGUACCAAGAACUUGCUAGAGUCCAUCCAUGACAGACCCUUUACGGAGAGAGAUCCGCCAACACGACAUUCCUUGCAACGCAGAAUGACGGGGCACUACUAAACUAAAAUGUAACUAGAGCAACCAACAACCGAGUAC